GAGAUUCUGACUGCAAGUUUCCACUUCUGCAAGCCUAAAUAGGUAGUCAUUCCUACUUAUCUGCAACAGGCAUUUUCUGUGAAGAACUCGCAUCUACUUCAGUGCAGAGCAAGUCUCUCUGUGUACCUUAUACAAACACUUGUUCACCUGCAAUCAUCUUGGGUGCUGUCAAGUAACCAUACCGACCACAGCUCCGUCGACCACACACAUACAAGCCCAGGUCAAGGAACGAUCAUCCCAUCAUCAUCAUCAUCAUGUCGAGCAAGCCAGUGUUCGUAGCAACCCAUCCACGGGCAUGCUCCACUGCAUUCGAGAGGGUCUUCAUGACCCGUCGCCACGAUAUUCAAACGAUUCAUGAGCCCUUUGGCGAUGCCUUUUACUAUGGCCCAGAGAGAAUGGGAACUCGAUUUGCCAAGGACACGGAAGCCUGCCAGCAGAGUGGGUUCGCCAACUCGACCUUCAAGACAAUUAUGGAUCGCAUUGACCGAGAGUCUGCCGAGGGCAAGCGGGUCUUUAUCAAAGACAUCACUCACUACCUCCUCCCCCCCAACUCGCAGCCAGCACGAAUUGCCCCUUCUCUUCACACGAUCAAGCGCGGCGUCGGCACAAACCAGUCGUCCGUCCUCAGCGGCGGCGUCAGCGGCGAUGAGAAAGUCACCGCUGACCAUGAUUCGGGUGUGGUGAUGACACCUGCGUCCAGUCGUCCCAGCUCUCCACCAUUCCCAUACGAAGCGUAUGAGAAUUCGGAAGCAGAGGACAAGAACCCGACUGUCGUUCCCCGCGAGAUUCUGGAGAAAUUUCACUUCACUUUCUUGAUCCGUCAUCCCCGUAGUGCGAUCCCAUCCUACUACCGAUGUUGCAUCCCACCUCUCGUGGAAAGGACGCAGUUUGCGCCUUUUAUGCCCGAGGAAGCUGGCUACGACGAGUUGAGACGUCUAUUCGACUAUCUCAAGGAUGAGGGUCUCGUCGGACCCAAGGUCGCCGCACGAGAUGGCGAAUUGAAGCCUGGUCAGGUUGAGAUUUGCGUCAUUGAUGCCGAUGAUAUGCUCGAUGACCCCGAGGGAAUCCUGCGGCAGUAUUGUGACUCCAUUGGUCUCGAAUUUGAUCGGGACAUGCUGCAGUGGGACUCGGAGGAAUCUCAUGCUUUUGCUCGAGAGCAAUUUGAGAAGUGGAAUGGUUUCCAUGAUGAUGCCAUCAAUUCGACGGAUUUGAAGCCGAGGCUCCACAAGCACAAGCCCAAGAGCGAUGAACAGCUCUACGCCGAGUGGAUUGAGAAGUACGGCCAGGAAGCUGCGGACGUCAUCAAGAAGACUGUUGAUGCCAACGUCAAGGAUUAUGAGUACCUGAAGCAGUUUUGUAUCCCUCAGAAGAGAAGAGACUCCAUCUGAGGGAGUAAUGAGUCAUUCCUUUUUCGUUGCCUGUGUCUGCUGCCGUGGUGGUAGGUAUGCAGGCGUGGCACGAACUUAUAUCAUGAAUGCUAGGCUAUGAAUGCAUAACUUAGUUCUUAAGGUACCUAGGAGUUCCGAGUAGAUUUAUUGGAGUCGUUCAAUUGCCGUCGGUUGGCCGGGCUCGGCAGACAUUAAUAAUCUCA